CACCAAUCCAACAUCCACUCAUCCUGCUGUACACUGAUCCGGCCAACCGGCCUACCAUAUACGCACAGUACACGAGGCAGAGAGGAAGGCCUUCUGCCCAUCCCAAGUACCCAUUCCAACAGCCAGUUUUGCAGCAUGCACCGCAGAUCGCAUAGUGUUCCAGCGAUCAAACGCAACAAGCUCAGUCCCUCGACUGCAAUGCCGUCCAUCGAUCGCAGCCCCAUGGCGACAGGGGUCGCCAUCGCCUGCUUCAAACUGAUCAUCCAAACACCAUCACGACAUUCACGUUGACGGCCAUCUCGGAAUGCACGUACUGGAAACUCUCUCGCCGUUCAUCGGCCUGAGUGGUGGGUGGCAGAUUCGCAAGCACGCACCAGGCAGUGCCACGUCGCAUCAACACACAGGGCAAUACAAAAGGGACAGGCAAACUGUCCUCACUGGCAGCUGUCGUGCCCCAUCACCCAGGCAAUGCCACGAGUCGUGCCUGCUGCCGCUGCCGCUGCCGGUGCUGCUGCCGCCGGGUGGCCAGGUUAACAGCCGCACGCUACGGGAUUCUGACGACUGCUCUCUUUCUGGCAGGGCGACGAUUACCAUUCGUGCGGUUCAGGCCGGACAUCUCGACAGAGAUCUCACCAAGCUGCGCAGAUCGAUGACCAGAGGGCUGGCGCAGCAAGGGGAUCAUCUGUUUUGAUCGAUCCAAUAUGCAUGCCUUGCAUUCUCGCCAAUCGCCGACCACCCCCACGAUGGGGAUGCGAGUUUUCGCGACGGACACCUGAGCAGCUCUCGUCACCAGUCAUGUUAAUGGCCGCUACUCGGACCCCAGAGACGCGUGUCUUCUUCCCCGUCUCUGGUCCAAGUCGUGCUCUCUCAUGUCUUCACUCGAGCCUUUUCCACCUUGCUGAAGGAAUAGCCUCGGUACUGCAUCCCACUGCCCAGGGAUCCUUUUUUCCGGGUGGCCGAGCUGACCAUACCGCGUCGACACGUCGGCUCAGAAUGUGCAAUCGACUGCAUCUGCAUCAAGGGGACAUCCACGUCACAGUCUGCUGAAAUGCCGCCUCGUUACAAAACUAGGUAGACAUCAUUUGUACCCCAUUGCCCGCCACCAGCACCGUCCCCUCGGGCCUGCACCGCCUGACCGCUUGGGCCUGGACCGUGUCCAUCAUUCGGCCAUGCAGCCCAUGGCAACCACCAAGGGUACCUCGCCACCAUCAGGAGGUUUGAAUCCUACGCUGUGCGCCACGGGGUGCGCCAUCAAGUGAGGAGCUGUGCCAUCGACCGCUGCGGUGAAUCAUCACAUUCUCUGUCUGUACUUUGUUUGCCUAUACAGCUAUUGCGACGAGCUCGACUGAAGUCGUCCUUCUAGAUUUUGAUCGGCGGUUCACCAAGAUUGACCUUCGCUUCGGCCCUACGAGCAAGACAAUCCACCCCGUUCCGAAUGUCAUUCCGAACAACGGCCCGGGUGAGGGCCCCGUUGAAGGCAGAUAGGCACGGCGGGGACCUUAAUGUCGUGUCUGAGACACGGUGCACAGCAGACCCAAUCGUGCCUCUUCCGUGAAGGCUGGUGCAAACCUCUCACCUCUUCGAUCCCACCACCCGUCGGUUCCCGCGCCAAGAUGGCCGCCAACCUUGAUUGCUCCGGUAUAUGGUUCGGAAAUAUGGAUUUGGCAAUAGGCACGGCUGGGGGUGUGACCAUCGCCGACUGCGUGGUGGCUUUUUGUCUCUCUCGAGGCCGGGUGAUCUAGGCAAGGAUCUCGGGAGCUAGUCCGCCUGACAGGAUAAUGCCUGUGUCAUGCAUGAUGCAGAUCCCGAGGCGCCCCCCCCCAUCUCGUCCCCCUCUAGCGCCGGCAGUACUCAAGCCGACAGGCCGACCACGACAUUGCAAGGGCAAGCGACAUUUUAUCGCAGACUGGUGGCACCCAAGAAGCUCCAAAGCGACACCGGGGAGAUCGGCGACGAGGAUGAUCUGCUCGUUCGGUUCCACAUAACGGCCCAGUACUCCGAUCUGCUGUAGUUCAGGCGCCGUUCAGCCCAUUGACUUCCACUCUCGGCGCAUCCUUAUGGCAUGCAGGAGCUGUAAACGCUGUCAAGUCCGGCGGUUUCGAGGACGUGCAGAGGCAAGAUCCGCACGUGGCCCCGGUGGAGCUGGAUGUUCACUAGUCUUUGGAUGUGAUAUCUUGGCCCCAAGCCCACUACGACUGCCGUGGGCGACCGUCGGCAGAGCCAUUUCUCUUACAGACUUCAGGCGUUCUUCUGCAUGUUGUCACAAUAAUCUUGUAUUCACCUCUCCGCCACGGAUUCCGAUCACGGCAGCCGGGAUGGUGUAAGCAGACCAUACCCGAGUGUGGGUGGGUGCAUUCAGCAAGACAAGCUUUUCUCUGUCUAUCGGCCUUGUCGGAUGCCUUACGCGGCACUGCAUCUGGGUGCUCCAGAGCUGACUCGGACAGCUUCACAUUGAUCGGGCCCCUGGUAUAAAGUAUACAAAAGAGGCGGUAUGCGACUCAACGUGCGCCAUGUCUCUGAUGAGACGGAACUUGCCUCUGGUGGCUUACUGCCGGCGGUCUUCGUUGUUUCUACUGCUCCUCCAGCCCGGUUCCCGCUCACUUUGUACGGCCCUGUGCUUAUGAGAAAGCCCGUUUCGAUAUCCCCCGGUUUGUGGGGGAACCUUGUCAUGGAACUCUUUCGAGCUAGACCUUACUAUUAAUUACGGCUAGAUGACAGGAUAACUACUGGUAUUAUUUGCAGUUUGGCCCCUCACCGCCACAGCCUGGCUGAUAUCUGAGACGGGCUGUGUGACCUCGCUUCCAUAUCCUGAGGGCCGAACCGCUCCCUUGCUGAUGCGAC